UCAGUGAGUGAGUAAGAGGGAGACUUACUCUAUUCCUGUGUGACGAAAUAUUAGUGGAACACACUUCCUCGGUCUUACCAGUCUGUCCAGUUUUUUCUUACCUUUCAGAGAAGACAGGGGGCAGGUUGUCUUCAGUCAAACUUCUGGAUCUGUUCACUUGUCAGUGGAAGCACAAAGACAGGUUGUUUUGGGCUCGGUCACGCAACUCCAACACACUAGGGGAGAUCGUGCAGAGGCUCUAUCGGGGGCUCACUGGAUGUUUUUUUAGGGAAGGAUGAGCAGUUUUUUGUAUUUCAUCCUCCCAGCGUUGGGGGGAUACACCCUCACCUCCUUCUACCUGCUGAAGAACCCACACAUUCUCCACAGGAAGAAACGUACAGCCUUUUACUGCAGACACAUCUCACACAGAGGAGGAUGUGGAGAGAGGAUAGAAAGCACCAUGGAGGCGUUCACAAACGCGGUGGAGCAGGGCACACACAUGCUGGAGCUGGACUGCCACUUGACACAUGACGGACACGUGGUGGUGUCACAUGACGAGAAUCUGCUGAGGCAGACCGGACAUGAUGUCACCGUGUCCUCACUCAAUCUACAGGAUUUGCCUUUGUAUAAGGAGAGACUGGAGGUAACAUUUUAUGCAGGUCGUUACAGCAGUGGUGCAGACAGGAAGUUUGCUCUGCUGGAGGACGUGUUCAGGAAGUUCCCCAAAAUGCCUGUCAGCAUUGAGAUCAAAGAGAACAACCAGCAGCUGAUAGACAAGGUGUCUGACCUGGUGAGACGUUACAACAGGGAGGAGAUCACUGUCUGGGCCUCGGUCAACUCCAACAUCAUGAGGGAAUGUUGCAGAACGAACGGCUCCAUGCCGUACAGUUUCACUGUGAAUCGAGGACUGCUGCUCCUGCUUCUCUUCUACAGCGGCCUGCUGCCCUUUGUGCCGCUGGGAGAGAGUUUACUGCAGUUCUACCUGCCGCGCAUCUUCAACAGGAUGUUCAUUCCUGAGAAGCGCAUCCUGAGGAACAGGCUGGUCAUCUUUCUGAUUGAAAAAGUAACUAUGAGGAAGAGUCUUUUUGAACACCUUGCAGCCCGUGGAAUACAGGUGCAUUUGUUUGUGUGCAAUGAAGAUGAGGACAUAAAGGCUGCAUUUGAAGUAGGAGCCACAGGGGUGAUGAGCGACUAUCCGACUCUUCUGUCAAGCUACCUCUGCAGAAACACAAAUCAAGACUGACCUCAAAGCACAUUCGAAGAAGAGAUAAGAGAGAAGUAAACACAGCAAGUGUGAGACCCAUUUCCUCGCCCAUGACAAGAUUAGUCAAAGAGCUGUUGGUUUAAGUAUUAAACGUCACGCAGUGAGAACAAAACUAUCACUCAACUCUUACUCACUGUUGAUAGAAUCACUUGUUUGUGGUGUGAUCUGCAACCAGUUCAUCUCUUUGGCCUCUGCCCACACUCAGACACGGCCCAGUGUUUAAGGAAACAGCAAAUUGAUUUACUUUGCAGCAAAUCUACCAGUGCUAGAGUGAAUAUUUAACCAGCUGGGCUAUGUCACCUGACAUCCCAUUUCUCAUGAUAAGAGUAAACGUGACUUUGUUUUGACUGUGUCUGAUGUUAUUUUCUUACAUUAUUUGAUUGGUUUGAGUAACCGCUGGACUAAAGACAUAAAUUUUCUGGGACAUUCCACUUGCA